GGGAGGGAGGGCUGGGUCUUGUGUUAAGACAUCAGAAAGUAAAACCACAGCACGGCUUAUGUUCUAAAUCUACGGAAGCUAGUUGAAGCAAUAACAGACGAGAAACCUAACACACUUCCUGUCAGAAAUCAGAAGAAUUUUGUUGUAAAAGAUGCUUUCAAAUGUUGCCGAAACGUGUCUCUUGGUAAAUUGACUAACUUAAAAGGCACAGAAAUCUCAUGACAUAUAGUUUGACUUUACCUAUUACCGAGAGAAGAUGGAACAGAACUUUGCUGAUUUGUUAACGGAUGCAUUUUCAGACACAUCCCUCCCAUCUUUCCCUGAAGGAGGGUUCGACUUUGAGCCUCUUGAUUUUGACGAAGCCAAGACAGAAAUGUCCUCUGGAAGAUUACCAGUGCUAAGAGAGGAAGAGGAAGAUGUGGAUGAAGGACAGGAAGAGGAAGAGCCUGGUGGAGAAACUGGAACUGUACCUGACCCUAUCUCAGUGAAGACAUAUGAUGUGAGUUUGACUGAAGAGGAUACACAACAUAUUGAUGAUGAGGAGAAGUGGGAGGAGGAGGAAGAGGGGGGCAAGGAAGAGGAGGGCAAGGAAGAGGAGGAAGAUGAAGAGGAGAUCACCUCAGGAGAAGAAGAGGACACAGGAAUAGAGAACAUUGGCUCCCCAGGGGGUAGGUCUGUGGUCGUUCACUACGACGAAGAGAAUAUAGAAAAUAUCGUAACUACAGGACAACCUUUUGACCAAGAGGAUAGGGAAAACCCUAACAUCAGAAACAUAGAGCAAGGUACUUACGAGAACAGUGAUGUGAGUAGUUUUGAGGGUGUUACUGAAGAUGGCACCAUGGAGAUCACAGCAGAUAUAAGUGAAGGGAUUGAAGAAGAGGAGAGACCGACAGCUGAAGAAAACCAAGAGAAAUCAUCUGAUUCAGACCUGGAGGUCCUGACAAGCUCUAUCACUGAACACCAGAGAGAAGAGGGAAAGAAAGGAGUGAACUUACUCUCCCCACAUUUUCCCCAUGAGAAUGAAGAGGAAGAAGAGCAAGAUGAACCUGGAGCUCCAGAGAUUGUUUCUGAUUGUCCUGAUCCCGCAGCAACACAGAAUCUGCCAUCUAUUAUGGUCAAUACCUUUGUGGAACACCCGCUUGAGGUGAAAAUGAAGGACUUCCUAGGGGAUGACCACCAAGAGGCGGGUGAAAGCUUUGCAGAUUACCCCUCUGACUUCUUUCCAAGUGAAUACGACAAGGAUGGAGGGAAAGGGAGCGAGCGAAACAAAAAUGGGAGCACAGUGUCUAGUCCCUCUGAGGGUCAUUUAAACAUAGACGAGAAUGUCGACCCAGAGAGCGAGAUAACCGAGCAGAAGGAUAGCCAUGUACAGGGAGAGGAAGAUGAAAAGGUUGAUGUGAGACCUGCUAUCUCUCUGAGCGUAGAAGGCAAACAAGAUUUUGCAGAUUGUGCGAUGUGUAAUAUCAAUAUUGACAUUAGCAUGAGCAAGAUUAUUGAAGACAAUCUUGAAGCUGAUAGCUCCACUGAUAGCUCCACUGAUAGCUCCACUGAUAGUUCCAGUGAGGAUGAGAAGGAUAAUGAAGAACACCCAGCCCUGCCAAGAUACCAGGCUCUUCCUCAGAGAGACUGCAGAUGUGAUGUUUUACCUCUACCUGACUGGGAGGGUGGAGAGGAGAACAUCUCCAAGCAGAGUGUUGCCGACCUGCAUCUUUCAGACACCAUCUGUGAUGUCCCCACUUUUACCCUUCACAGUGAGGCUGGAUUCAGUACAGCAGACGUAACCAGGUGUAACAGGGGUAAAAGGACUACAGGCAACAUGUCAUCAUCUGACUCCGAGGAUAAUUUUCCGGGAGAAUUUUGUACGUUGGAGACUGAACUAAGAAAGGACAAAGGGGAGACUUGGAUUUGGGGUAAAGAGGAGUAUCUUCGAGAAAUCCCGCCGGAGCUAGAAGGAAAGUUGGAGAACCACCUUCACACCAAUAUAAACUGGGACACAGGGGAUAAUAACGUGGACAGGAGUGGUUUCAUUCUAGAUUACAAGUACGAGGGGAGCGGAAUCACAGUCGGAGAGGAACAAUUUGCAGAUGAUGAAGAAGAGGAGGAGAGGAGUUGGAAACAAGAGAGGGCGAGAAUCGAGGCAUUCUACAAGUUUUAUAAUGACGAAGAGGAGAAGGAGGCCAUGGAAACAGAAGGUGCUUUUUCAAGGAGGAAGCCUAGAGUUCAGUUCUGCAUGGAUCCCCUGCCUCAAGUCAUUGAAUAUACAGACAGCAGCAGUGACACGGAUUUGGUCGACAGCUCAUCUGACAGAGAUGAGGACCUGGAUUCUACAGCAAGGCUUGAAGAGCAGCGUGAGCCUGAGACUCAGGAGAGUCAAAAGCCACAAGGAGAACUACAAGAUCUCAGCAAAAUACCUCAGACACACAGCAAGAGAGACUGGUGUCUGAGGGUGCUGAAGUUCCUGCUGAAGAUGGCCCUUUUGACAUUGAUUGGACUUUUGACAUUCUGGUGGACAACAGACCUAAAGGACUUGGACUGGUGAUCUGGACCAAAUACAGUUUUUGCAAACGACUGUACUGUAUUGUCAAUAUGCCUAUGCCUGAAAAUAAUUAGAUAAUAAAGUAGCAGCAGCUAAGUAGAAAAUGCUUACUUGUAAGGAAAAUACUCUCUCCUUAUACUGUAGUUGCUGUCACUUUUAUUUUCAUCAUGUCCUCAUCUGUUUUGAUAAUAAAAAAGGGACUAUUCAUAUUCCCAUUUAACUUUAA